GUGUGUAUUGUUAACGAAAUGAUGCCAAAAACAUAAACAAAAGUAUAAAUGAAGUACCUAUCUUUCAGUUUAAAUGACAAAAAAUCCGUCGAUCAGAUGUGCUCCGGCACAUAGCUAUUUACACAGACUACCCAUGAUUAUUUAUCAGUUUUGUGUUUGUGUACAAAAAAUGAUAAGCGCUGACUAAAUGCUGCCCCAUGCAAAAGUGACAUAUUCAAAUCACAAUACUUUAGUUAUCAACCGGGCUCUGUACAGCUAAGACCACAUUCGAUCGAUUUUAUUAAAAAAAAAAACGGCUGCUCUCAUAAGAAUGAGAUUAUUACUCAUCGUCUGUAGCGUGUUGGUACUCGUCACUGACCUAGAAAGUUCACGCUUGAAUACAUCUAUAGAGGCAGAGUUCGUUUUCUGUUCGUAUCAUAAAAUGUACUCUAUUGCAUGGAGAUAGCAAGAAAUUGAGUAAAAACAUCAAAUUAAUAAUAGUUGAAACACAGAAUUCUUGAUAUCGUGCUUGGUGAGAAAUCAGAAAAGAAAAGAUUUUAGUAGAGCUUAUGCGAAAUUAUUCGCAAGACACAUCAAAUUGUUUAUGUGUAUUAUUCAUGUGUGUGCACGGACAUCGAAUGCGUGGUACUCUAACGAAUAGACAUCGCAUACUGCGAAUAAAACACACAAAUGACGAAUAAACUGGCAUAAACAUAUCUGGUUGCAAUCAAAAAUCGAACUACAUAAUAUCAUCUGAUGAUUUCGUUUGGGUCGAUGGAAAUGCCGAUGGCGGGCUGAGUUUCAACGCAUUGCGAUCAUAUGGGUGAUGACAAAUAGAUUACUUCGAAAUGCUUUUCGUUUUUUCUUCUUCGAAAUUGUUUGUUGUUGAUAAGCAAAAUGAGAUUAUUUUAUUAUAAGACUAACGGAAAGGCUUCUUAUUCUGAUGCUGUAGAAACUGAAGAAGGAAAGGCUAGAAGUAUGACUCAACAGAGAACCGUUGAACGGAAAUCCCCUGAAUUUCGGACAAGGCAACAUCCAAUUUUAUCAGCGAUUUUUUUGAUAACAUGAAAUUGGGCGAUACGAAUGUAUUGCGAAAAGAUACACAAAGAGGAGUGAAAUGAUUCACUGAGUUUGUAGCUUGUUACAUUCAGAGAUCUCAUUUUGUAUACGGCUAUAUCACGAGAUCUUAGUAGCCUCUUAUUUUUAGGCGACAGCUGUGGAUAUUUUUCAAUAGCAGCUACCGAACGAAUGCACAAACAAAGACACAACACAAGUAUAUGUCCAUAAGAAAUGUGCGGAGACAAUGCAGGAAAAAUUUUGACAAAAAGAUGGGCAGAGUUGUUUACAAAAAAACAACACAAAAUAAACAAAACGAAAAACCCCAUAAAGAAUGUAUCGGCAUUACAUUUGCCAUGUAAAAGUCAUCCAGUGUUUUAGUUUCAAAUAUCGCGAGCGCGCACAUUCUCUUGCUUGUGUUUUCUCCGUUGCUGUGUCUUUGUUUGUGCAUUCAUUCGAUAGCUGCUAUUGAUAAAUAUCCACAGCUAUCGCCAAAAAAUUGCAACUACUAAUAUCUCGACAUGUAGCCGUAUAGUAUACAAAAUGAGAUAUCCGGUUUUUUUUUUUGGAAUUAUCAAGCGACGCUUUCUCUUGUAAUUGAUAAAUAAAAGCCUUGUUUACAAACAAAAUUGAAACAUGGACCGAUAACGUUGAAUUUCGUGUACUGUUUGACCAAAAAAAAUUUAGUUGUAGCUCAACACGCAGUUGAUUUUGAUUUUGGCCAUAGAAGUGCAUACUCAAAAAAAAAUUUAAUAAUUUUCCUGGUAUAAUACAUAGACAAGACCGUGUAUCGCGGCAUUUUGUUUGCAAUGAAACCAAUGUGUAAUGAUGAAUUUUGUGAAUGUGCUAGAAGUUCAGAACUGUCGUGCUAAUUUGACCGGGUCCGAAUUUUUAAAGUAUCAAUAUGCGCACACGUUGGACGUUUCUCCAUCAAACUAUACAUUUGAAUUUCGAACAUUUGAAGUGGUUUAAUGUGUCACACAAUAAUUUAAUGGAAGUAAACGUCUCUCUAUUUUACAAAACAAAACAAUCGACGGAAGUGGACAUUUCACACAAUCAAAUCAAAGAAUUUCACAAAUUGACGUUUUCAAAAGUACCCAAGCUAUCAACAAUAAACAUUUAGCAUCAUCAAAUCGAAGAAAUAGUGGCGAGUUUAUUUGGUGAGCUAUCCGAUUUAGAAGUACUCGAUCCAAGUUUUAAUAAAGUCAAAAAGAAUCCAAAAGACGCUUUUAUACAGAAUUCCAAAUUGAAAACACUUAACCUCAAAAAUAAUCCAAUCCAAGAGUUAAAUUGUGACAUUAGACAGUUACUGAAUGGCGUGACUUCAAUAAACGUGUCAUUCGAAUAUGUUACUGACUUAGAUUUAUGUUGUGCGAACCCAAUGGAAUGGUCGAUGAAUGAAGAACGAUAACAAUAACUGACCAGCCGCAUCAUCAGUUAAUCAGAACAUCAUAUCAGUAAAAAAAAAGUUCACAAUAAGGACCAACCAUGCAGUAUUCUGCGAUCUACGAUUAUGAGCCUCAAACCGAGGAUGAUUUAUCACUGAAGCGUGGAACAAUUGUUACGCUUCUGACGAAAGAUAGUGAAAUAUCCGGUUAUAGAGGCUGGUGGACGGGGCGAAUCGGCAACAAAAUCGGAAUAUUCCCAUCAAGUUUUGUCACAGAUUGCGAUUCCAUGAUGGCUGAGAAUCAAAGUGAAAUCAAUGGCGGAGCUCAGCCACUCGAAAUUGACUUCAGAGAACUUAGGCUCGAAGAGACCAUCGGUAGUGGUGGUUACAGCGAAGUGAAACGUGGUUACUGGAGAAAAACUGAAGUUGCAAUAAAAAUUCAAAACCAAAGAGGAAAUCAGGACAAAACACUUGAAUUUAUUAUGAAAGAGGCCAAAUUAUUGUCUUCCUUAAAACACGAGAAUAUCGUUUCGCUCUACGGCGCCUGCCUAACACCGCCAAAAUUUUGUAUAGUCAUGGAAUUGGCGCACGGCGGUUCGUUGCAACAAGUUUUGGCCAAACACAAAAUACUACCGAACGUACUGGUCGAAUGGGCAACACAAAUCGCACGUGGCAUGAACUACCUGCAUAACGGGGCUCCGAUAUCGGUGUUACAUCGUGAUUUAAAAAGUUUCAACGUAUUGAUAAGCGAACGAAUUGACGAACAUGAUGAUCUACGGAAUAAAACGCUUAAAAUUACGGAUUUUGGGUUGGCUCACGAGGAUUUGGGAUUGGCUCACAGCACGAUGCAAAUGUCGGCUGCAGGCACGUGUCAAUGGAUGUCACUUGAGCUGAUUAAAUGCGGACAAUUUUCCAAAGCGUCCGAUGUGUGGAGCUAUGGUGUUGUCUUAUGGGAACUGCUCACGGGUGAAAUUCCAUAUAAAGGUUUGGAUUAUGGUGCAAUCAUGUAUGGUGUUGGUGGCAACAAAAUACGGCCAUCGGACUUUGGUACACCGAUACUAAAAUCAUUUCCAGAAACCUGGGGAAAAUUGAUGAAAAGCUGCUGGGAUAAAGAUCCACACAAACGACCUUCGUUCAAAGACAUUCUGCGCGAACUGGACACGGUUGAUCGAUCUGGUCUUUCAGAAACACCAAAUAAUACAUUCCAUACGAUGCAAGAUGGUUGGAAGAAAGAAAUCGCUGAAAUUGUCCAUGAGAUGCGUAUGAAAGAAGAAGAACUAACCCGGAAAGAGGAUGAACUAAAGCAAAAACAGAUCCAAUUGGAAGCACUCGAACAGGAUCUACUGGAAAAAAAUGAGGAGUUUGAAGCACGCAAACUACAUCAUGAACUGGAAAUAAUCAAUAUUCAGAAUACACAAAAGCCGCAGAAAAAACGCAGCACAUUCAGCAAAUUAAGACUGAACGAGAUGUGGGACAAAUUUCGUCACCAACUUCCGACAUAUACUAACACAAUGGUGGUGAACUAUACAGUUCUGAGCGAUCCAAAUUUGCAUGGUGUGUCACCCAGACGACGAGUAAAAAUCCAAAGCAGCCUUUCCAGUGUAGAAGAAUAGCACAUAAAUAUGUACACAUCGAGAAUGAGUGAAAUUUCACUUUUCAUUUUAUUAUAUUAAUUUCAUACAGUUAUUUCAUUUAUAUAUUCAUUUAUUUAUUUAAUUAUUUCUGUGUGGGCAAUUAUUGGUCGAAUCACACAAAAAAACUAUUUUCGCUUUAUACAUUUUAAAAUUAGUAUGAUUAGUAGGCCCUAUCACACUCACAUAGUAAGAUGAUUGAAUUAACUUUAUUGUAUGAUGGAGGAAUUGUUACGUUUUCAUAUUUACCUAUAGUUUUCAUUCAUUUUGUAUUUUAAAGUAAUGUAUGUUUGACCAGUUCACAAAUUAAAAUUAUUUUGGAACCAAAAUUCGCGAUUUAUUUCAA